AUGAAUGAAAUGAACAGUGGGAAGGCCCCCUUCCCGACGGCGUCCCCGAGAUACGUAUCUACACUUUUCGUCACCUGCAUUAUGGCCACCCAGCUGGCGACAUCGCAGAGAUCGACACGCUCCUUGCCUUUCCCUCUGCGCGACAUCUCGGCCGCUGUUGGCUACCCAGCGGCCGAGGUGGACCUGCUACGCCGCGUGCGACCCAACCCGGCGUCGCCGGAGACGGUACGUUUCGCCGCCGGUGACCCCGAGUCCGGACCUUCUCUGGCGCUGGAGUUCGGCCCCAGGGCGGACGUCAAGUUCCCCUACCGUCUGCUGAUUCCGGCGGCCCUCUUCAGGGACUUCGCCUUGCACGCUGUCUUCCGGCCGGCCACAGCCCACUAUGCCUCCGGACACGCUGCCGCGACUGCUUCCAGCUCGAUCCAGGACGAGCAGUUCCUGUUCGCCGUCGUGAAUCCGUCCGAGACGCUCGUUCAGCUGGGGCUGGCGGUGUCUCGCGACGCGUCUCACGUGAGCCUCUACUACACCGACGUGUCCAUGCACCUCGAGUCGCAACGACUGGCCACGUUCCGGCUUCCCAAACAGGCCACUGGGCCACACGGAUGGAUCAGACUGAGCCUGACGGCGACCGGGAACCAGCUGAACCUGGAGAUGCUCAACUGCAGCACGCUGCAGGACGUGCGCAUGGCGCAGCACGUGACUCGCAUCCCCAAGGAGCUCGUGUUCGACCACGCCUCCACUCUCUACCUGGCACAAGCGGGACCCAUUCUGGGCGGCACAUUUCUGGGUCGCAUUCAGACUCUACGGCUUUUCAGCGUGCCAGUGCUUGUGCCUCUUUGCCAGGACACUCUAGGAUAUCAGAACGACGCAGCUAGAGUACCGUGGAUGGAACGCGCCGAGCCACAUGGCAGCCAAGACAAGCCCGCAUCCGAGACUGAACCUUGGAAGAGGUCGGCUGAUCCGGGCCUCAAGGGGGAAAAAGGCGAUGAAGGCGCUCGCGGACCACGUGGCUUAAUCGGGCUCAAGGGCGAGAAAGGAGAACCGGGAAUCAAGGGUGAACCGGGAGCGUCCUUCAAGAGGGAGGACUUCGUUACAGAAAAAGGCGAGAAGGGUGAUCCUGGCCGUCGUGGAAAGCGUGGUCGUCCCGGUCCCCCAGGACCACCUGGGCCUCCGGGUGCUUUCGUGAAGGCGGAAAGCCUACACCGCCCACCUCGCUACGAGAGGGGCCCUCCGGGUCAAAAGGGCGAGUGCGGUCCACCGGGACCACCUGGACCACCUGGCGCACCGGGACUGCCCAUGCCCUGGGUGGACGCCACCAGAAGCAUCCUUGAGGAGAAUAAAGACGAGGACUCGGACUACGGCGACGAACCCCCAGUGCCGGAGAUAGGUCCCAUGGUGAGGAAGACGGUGGCAUGGAGAGACGCCGCUUCAUUCCUCAAGUCGGCGUCGUCACAGCCCGUGGGCAGCCUAGCGUACGUCAUGGAGUCCGACGAGAUGCUCGUCAAACUCUCUCAAGGUUGGAGGAGACUGAUGAUUGGUCCACCACCGACUUGGAUUGACGACAAGAGUGGACGGAUGAAUGGGAAAGAAAUACGAAGUGACUGAGCGUUAAAAAAGCGGUGUGUCUUUCUUAAAUACGGCGUUUCGGCUGUGAUUGAUUGCUAUAGGCCUACAAUUAAAGGCUUUACCUGAGUGCUUA